AUUUUCAUGUCAAAGGUUGGAAAUUAUCACUCAAUGCCAGAUGUUUGGGGAAAAUUCCUCCACAGACUUGAAUUUUCACACACACUACCGCUGUUGGCCUUAAAUGGAUUAGUUGCAAUCCUUGAAUUUUCCGUUUGAAUAUUUGUUUUGAAAAAAUAAAAUAGAAGACGUCUGACAUCGUCAUGGUCAUAUCAGUGGUGGAGCGCUACGAAUUUAUUGUUCGCAUCAUACGUCUCUCCUCGAAAUACUGUGGCUGUGAUGUCCUGAAUCCGGAGUGGCAAAUGAAUUUACUCACCUGGACGGUCAUAACGUUCAUCAAUAUGUUUUUCAUAUUGACGGGCUAUACGGUAUAUGUGAGCAUCUAUGUGGAGGGGGAAUGGUCGCACAGUCUGCAGGCCCUGGCCAUGGUGGGCAGUGGGGUGCAUGGCUAUGCCAAACUCUUGAAUGCCAUUAGGAAUAAGGCCUAUUUUCGUUUUUUGGUCGACGAACUGCACACGAUCUACAAGGAAUACAACGAAAAGAAACAUUCCGAUUAUCGUGCCUAUUUACACAAGACCAUGAAUCGAACCGUUGUUGGCCUCAAAUCGAUGGGCAUCGAUUAUGCCAUUGUCGUUUGUAGCCUGAUCACAGUGGUGCCGUUCUAUCGUUUCUUCUUCAAUCAACGCGUAUUUUAUUGCCUGGGCUGGAUCCGAAGUAUCCUGUUCGGUGGAUUUUGUAACUUCGCCGCCGAUUUGUGUUUCGUUUUGCUGGUCUUUCAUGUGCCGCAGUACAAGGAUAUUUUGUCGUGUAAAUUUCAGGAAAUCAAUGAGGCUCUGGAGCUGGAUGAAAUGGAGAGGAGUGGUGAACUGUUGCGGGACAUAUUCGAGUGGCAUCAGCGCUAUAUGAAAUUCAUUUCGAUCGUCAAGGAGAAUUACUUUUGGAAUGAUGGCUUCAUCGAUUCCUGUUAUACGGAAAUAAUUUGGUAUAAACUCUCGAAUGGUGAUAGGAAAAUGUUACAAUUUAUGUUGGCUAUGACCCAGAACACAUCGGGUCUGACCAUAGGUGCUGUUGUACCGCUGACAAUGAACACGGGUUGGCAGCUGACUAAAGCCAUUUACACCAUGACAAUGAUGUUGGUCAAUUUUCUGGAAUGAGGCAUGACAAGGGAUGUGGAGAAGAAGAGGGAACGAUGGCAGAUCAUUUUAUAACACCAGUUAUUUAUUAUUGUUUUAUUUGACAUUUUUUUGUAAUGUUUUAAAAGCACAAAUGUUUAGUUACUGUUAAAAAUUUUGAA